AGGGGAUCUGACUGGCAAUUUGCUAGUCUCUGUAGUACCCACUGCACUGCUGCAGGGAUGGCUCCUGGGUUUCACUCUAGCCCCCAGAUCAGUGAAGUGCUGCUUGUUUUCCUGGCCUUGUUGAGCUUUGCUGGUGGCGGGAGGCUGCUUGUGGUGCCGAUGGAUGGAAGUCACUGGCUCAGCAUGCGUGCCGUUCUGGAUGAGCUGAGGCACAAAGGGCAUGAGAUAAUCAUUGUUGCCCCUGAAAUAAACCUAUACAUAAAAACAUCUGAGAAUUAUAUCAUGAAAAAGUAUCCGGUACCUUUCACAAAGGCAGAGCUGGAGGGACAUUUUCUGGCUUUUACUCAAGAGGUUUUUGAGGAACGACCUUUUCUGGAAACAUUUAUUCGACAACAUGAAAGGCUGAGGAACUUCUCCAGUCUGCUUUUAUCCACUUGUACACACUUACUGUACAACCAAGAGUUGAUCCAAUAUCUAGAAGGGAGCAAAUUUGACGCUGUCUUUACAGAUCCCUUGAUGCCCUGUGGACAGAUCAUAGCUGAGUAUCUUUCUAUCCCCUCUGUUUUCUUCUUGCGUGGAAUUCCAUGUGGUUUAGACUAUAAGGCUAGUCAGUGUCCAAACCCACCUUCUUAUGUCCCAAGACUAUUGACAACCAAUACAGACCACAUGACAUUUCCACAGCGUGUGAAGAAUCUGCUAUUCACCUUAUUGGAGAUUCUCCUUUGUGAUUUUAUUUAUGUGCCAUAUGCAAAACUGGCCUCUGAAUUUCUUCAGAGAGAGAUAACAGUGACUGAGCUUUUAAGUCAUGGAUCUGUUUGGCUGAUGAGAUUUGACUUUGUAGUGGACUAUCCCAGACCACUAAUGCCUAACAUUGUUAUAAUCGGAGGCAUCAACUGUGCUGGAAAGGAAUUAUCUCAGGAAUUUGAAAGCAUUGUGAAUGCCUCUGGGGAAUACGGCUUUGUGGUCUUCUCCUUGGGCUCAAUGGUCUCUGAGAUUCCCAUGAAGAAAGCCAAGCAGAUUGCUGAAGCCUUUGGAACAAUACCCCAGACAGUUCUUUGGAGGUACACUGGAGAAGUACCCCCCAACCUUGCAAACAACACAAAGCUAAUCAAAUGGCUGCCACAGAAUGAUCUACUUGCUCAUCCCAAAGCCCGUGCCUUUAUCACCCAUGGAGGCUCACAUGGAAUCUAUGAGGGGAUAUGCAAUGGAGUGCCAAUGGUUCUGAUGCCAUUAUUUGGAGAUCAGAUGGACAAUGCUAAGCGGAUAGAGUCUCGGGGUGCGGGAGUGACGCUGAAUGUACUUGAAAUGACUUCUAAGGACCUAUCGGAUGCAUUGAAUGCAGUGAUUAAUGAUAAAAGCUAUAAAGAAAAUAUCAUGCAUCUCUCAGCCCUUCACCUCGACAGACCUGUCCAUCCCCUUGAUCUUGCGGUGUAUUGGGUUGAGUUUGUGAUGAGACACAAGGGGGCCCAGCAUUUGCGGCCUGCGGCCCAUGAUCUCAACUGGAUCCAGUACCACUCUCUGGAUGUCAUUGCUUUUCUCCUGGCUGUCGUGCUCGUCACCAUGUUCAUCUCUCUGAGGUGCUGCCUGUUCUGCUGCCGAAAGUGUUUCGGUAAAAAAGCAAGAGUGAGCAAAUCGAGGAAAUCAAAGGCAGAGUAACUAAGGGGGUGCAGCGCCAGACCUUAGGGAACGUAGGGCUCUCCUGAGCACAGUCCCUGUAAGUAAUUUGUGGCAGUGAGCUCAGAAAUUAGGCAGAGCAUAUUGCCUUUAAAUAGCAGCAAAGUGAUUUUUUGUUCCAGGUUUUGAUUUUGUCUCCAAUUAAUUCAGAAUAUUUUUGAAAGCUUUGUUUAAAGCUUGUGUGAUUGUUAAAGAUAAUUCAUGCCAUAAUGCGCUGGUGCAGGGCUCAGAAUAUUAACGGGACUCCUGGGUUCCAUUUCCUGCUGUGUUGCUCACUCACUAUCUGACUUGGGGAAAGGUUCUUCUCUGUACCUCAGUUUUCUCAUCUGUGCAAUGGGGAUAACAACAUUUCUACUUUGCUACUGCUGUGGUGCCCAUCACUCUAGUGUGUGAGCAUCUGAUGCAUCAUAUUUAUGAAGCACUUUGAGAUCUUUGGAUGAAAGUUGCCACGUAAGUACCAAGUGGUGUUCUAAGUGAGGGAGAGAAUGUCAUCCUAACAGCCUGUUGAUUGGAAAGAGAAUGGUAUUUGUUCCGCCUAGGUCAAUCUGUCAUUGUCUGAACUGUGUUUCAAAUACACUGAACGUGAACACAUUUUCCAUUUGAAAGUAUUAUUGAGCCACCACCACCCAAUCAAAUUUCACCCCAGCUGGAGCACUGAACUUGAAGCAUUGUAGUCAACCAAUUUGGUCUUUGUUAUUGAUAUUCUGUUAAAAAUAAACCAAACAAAAAAUCUGUAUGAAUAAAUCCCAAAUAAUAAAAACAAGAAAAC